CGCCCGGAGACGCGCGAGCGGUCGCACUCCUGGUGCAUGGGGCAAAAAAGAUGGCAUGCGCUUGGAUUCUAUUCGCGGUCCUGCUUUUAUUCACCUUACCAUCAGGCUCGUUCAAGCCAGUCAUCACUCCUGACGGUCCUCACCUGGUCAUUCAAAAGGGUGGGCAACUAGAGCUGCGUUGCGAAGACAACACAGGGGCGUAUGCCGACAAACUGCGGUGGCACCGGGAUAAAGGCAAGAGAAUUGAUGGAGAACAAGCGAAAGACGGAGCCGUCGUUAUUAACCUCGCCUCCAUCCAGCUUCAGCACAUGGGCCGUUAUACCUGCCAGAGCACUCAAACAAGAGAAAAGAGCUCCAUCUACAUUUAUGUGAAAGAUCUGGAGAAUGCAUUUGUACGCUCUAUGGUGAACGGCUUGCUAGUGAAAGAGGGCGAGGACUGCACUUUGCCGUGCUUAGUGACAGAUCCAACCGUAACCAGUUUGUCUUUACUGAGCUGCAGUGGCAGCGCCGUGCCGGCUGGACUUAACUACACGGCUGACCCACAGAAAGGCAUCGUCAUUCAUAACAUCACCAAGGUUUUCGAGGGAUGCUACGUCUGCACCGGCCUUAUGGGUGGGGUGACAGUGAAGUCGAGCCAGUACGACGUGAACGUGAGACGAGUUCCAGAAUCUGCUCCAGUAAUAAGUCUGUCCAGAUCAGAAAACGUGAUAUUGAUGACGGACGAAGCGCUUGAGCUCAUCUGCAGCACCUCUAACAUCAAUCAUGACUUACAUUUGGCAUGGAGCUUCCCUCAGGGAGCGAAUGCACUGGAGUCACAUGCCUCUCACAUCCUGCCUGGGUCCUGGGGUUAUAAGCGCUCAUCUACACUCUGGAUUAAAUCUGCAGUGAUUAGCGACUCUGGAAUUUAUAGCUGCCAGGCCCAGAAUGAGAAGGGUGUCUCCAGCGCUACAGUUCACCUUGACGUUUACGAACGUGGCUUUAUUAAUGUAACCGAAGGAGAGAACAAGGCUGUGGAUGUGCGAGAGGGAGAGAGUCUGACGCUGCGAGUGGAGAUGACGUCAUACCCCAAGCCAAGCUCUGCAUACUGGACUUACAACAACCAACAGCUCAGAAACACUUCUGAGCACGUCAUCACACUACAUAACCAGCAAUACAGGUACAUCAACGAGUUGAAGUUGGUCCGUGUUCAUUGCGCCGAAGGCGGCAUCUACACUUUCUCAGCCAGUCAUAAUUACGCAUCCAUCAAUAAGUCGUUCUUCGUCCAUGUCCAUUGCAAGCCGAUUAUUGUUUCUCAGGAGGGGCCGAUUGAUGGACAGGUGAAGUGUGUUGCAUCAGGAUACCCUGCUCCUAAAAUAUCCUGGUACUACUGUGAACCACGACACACACGAUGCUCUCAGCUAAUGAACGCCACACAGGAAGAAGAGGACGCGGCCGUAGUGACGAUGUCCGUGUCAAAGUUUGGCCGCACCGAGGUGGAGAGCCGCCUCAACAUCACCAAGGGAAGAUACCACACCCUGGAGUGUGUGGCAACCAUGCUGGGAGAAGAGGCUUAUACACUGUUCUCCAUCAGCGAGCGCACAGUUCCUCAUAAACUCUUCACCCCGGUGCUGACUGGAGUCGUAACAGCUUCUGUAGUGCUCAUGUUGUUUCUAAUCAUACUGCUCUACAAGUACAUGCAGAAACCCAAGUAUGAGAUUCACUGGAAGGUGAUUGACAGUAUCCAUGGCAACAACUAUACUUAUAUUGACCCCACCCAGCUGCCUUACGAUCCCAAGUGGGAAUUUCCGAGAGAGAGGCUGCGUUUUGGUAAAAUUCUUGGCGCUGGGGCAUUUGGUAAAGUGGUGGCAGCUACAGCGUAUGGUCUCAGCUCGCCUGACACUGUCACAACUGUGGCUGUAAAGAUGCUCAAGCCGAGCGCUCACUCCACUGAAAAGGAUGCUCUGAUGUCAGAGCUGAAGAUACUGAGUUACCUUGGCAACCACAUGAAUAUCGUCAACCUGCUUGGCGCCUGUACUGUAGGAGGCCCGAUUCUGGUAAUCACAGAGUUUUGCUGUCACGGUGACCUGCUGAACUUCCUGAGGAGAAAGCGGGAUGCAUUUUUCAGCUCUAAAACAGGAGACGGAUAUUACAAAAACCUUCUAAGUCAGACACAAUCUUCAAGGGAAGGAACGGAAAAUGGCUACAUGCUGAUGAGGUCCUAUCAGAAGAAGUCUAAACAAACAGAAUGGAGUGAUGAUAAGGAUGACUUGACUAUUGACACUGAAGAUCUGCUCAGCUUCUCCUACCAAGUCGCCAAAGGCAUGGACUUCCUCACGUCCAAAAAUUGCGUCCAUAGAGAUCUGGCAGCAAGAAACAUUUUACUGACUAAGGGUCGGGUUGCCAAGAUCUGUGACUUCGGCUUGGCUCGUGACAUCGCCAAGGACUCCAACUAUGUUUUGAGGGGAAACGCACGUCUCCCAGUCAAAUGGAUGUCUCCCGAGAGCCUGUUUUCAUGCGUGUAUACGUUUGAAAGUGACGUUUGGUCCUACGGCAUCUUACUGUGGGAGAUUUUCUCUCUAGGUAACAGCCCAUACCCCGGCGUUCCAGUUGGAUCCAUGUUCUACAAGAUGAUACAGGACGGGUACAGGAUGAGCGAGCCGGAAUUUGCUCCAAGUGAAAUUUAUGAGGUGAUGAGGUGGUGCUGGAGCUCUGAUCCUCUGAAGAGACCAACUUUCAGGAAACUGGUAGAAAGGACUGAAAUGUUGCUCUCUGAAGCCACCAAACAUGUGUAUUUGAAUCUCAGUGACAACGCAGGCAGCAGUAUCAGCGAAUCAUCUGAUUGUCCAUUUCUGCAGAGAGCAUCGUCUCAGAGGCUGAGCUCAGUGGGCAGCACCACAGGAUCUACACAGCCCCUGUUGCUAGCCACCAAUGAUGUUUUUCUGGAGCAUGAGACUUGCUAAGGACUACUCACUCACCCACCACUUCGAUUCCAUUCACACUUUAUUUAGCUUUGUGGCUCUCUUUCAGGUUCUCUGUUGUUGUUGUUGUUGUUGUUGAUGCCAGAGAAAUCUCUACAACACUUAACUGCAUUUUGUCAAGAAGUGCGAAUUUGUGUUUUCUCUUACAAUUAGUGCGAGUCCAUUUGGUUUUAGUCUUUUUAGUCUUGUGUUCUUUCUUUUGAGAGUAAUUACACCGCUAAAUGUUUAUUUUAAAGUUAAAAACUGAUAUAAUCAGUUAGACUGAAAAUUCAGAGACACCGAUCCCUUAACCUUAGCAAACCUGUAAAGAUCUAUCAGGAAUAAUGUCUAUCCAUUUUGAUAGUGUAGAAACUUGCAUACAAAUAAAUAACACUGCCUACUGCUUAGCUUUGUACACUUUGUUUGUGGCAGAUGUUUGUGGCCUUAUUAACAGUAAUGGAUAGAAUAUUUUGAUAGUCCAUAAUGUCAAUAGCACUAUAGUUGCUAAUGAGCAAAAAGAUGUAGCUAUCUGUGCUAGUACUCUAUCAACAUUUAAUCUAUAGGCAUUUAUCACUAUAAUGUUUAUAGACAUCAUACUAAAGUACUACAAACAGAUGCAACCUGAUGUGAUAUUACCAUCACCACUAACUUCAUUAUUUUCGUAUAACAGCAUGUACAGAAGUAUAGUUAUAAUGUGGCAUUUUGCCAACAAUUUUUAAUAUAUUUAUUAACAGCAUGUCAUACUUUUAAUCACUUAUGGUUAUGAAACCUCCAUGAGACA